AUGCCUCUGCCAAGACGUCGAUCCUCCUUCUUGGGCCAGCCCUCCGCUGCAGAGCGCCCGGGUAGCGCCAGCACCAGGGCUGGCACCGCGUGCAUCACCACAGCCCCCCGGGGCGUCUUUGUGGGGACAGCCCCCACGGGCGGCACCUCCAGCCUGGGCACACGCGUGUCGCGGCGUGCCCUGGGCAUCAGCAGUGUGUUCCUGCAGGGGCUGAGGAGCACGGCUGUGCCUGUUAUGCCACGUGGGGCUGGGGCUGGUGGCAGGCAGCACCCCGGGGGUGCUGAGAGCCUUAACGGCUGCCUGAUGGAGUACAGGGACAAGGUGCACGCCCUGGAGCUGCUCAACCAGCAGCUGGAGGAGCAGAUCAGACACUGCCUGGAUCAUAAGGCGUCCAGUGCCGGAGCCUGGGGUCCCCUCAGACAGGACUGGGAGGACGUCUACAGGCAGGUUAGUGAGUCCAUCCUUGACAAUGCCAGGCUAAUGCUGCAGACAGAGAAUGUGCAGGCCAACGCUGAGGACUUCAAGGACCGGUAUGAGAAUGAGCAGCCCUUCAGGAAAGCGGUGGAGGAGGAGAUCAGCUCUCUGUACAAGGUGAUUGACGACGCCAACCUGACCAAGUCAGACCUGGAGAGCCAGAUGGACAGCAUGAGGGCUGAGCUCCGAGACCUGGCCCGCAACCACGAGGAGGACGUGAGGGUGCUCUACAACCAGAUGGCAGGCCGUGAGGUGGACGAGCCGGACGCUCCCAUUGAGACCAAUCUGGACCAGAUACUGGCCUACAUCCGCUCCCACUGGGAAAGAGUCAUCGAGAAGAACCGUGCCGAGACCGAUGCCUACCUGGAAUACAAGCAGGAGGCGAGUGUGGGCAGUAAGCUGAGUCAUGAGGAGGAGGAGCUGGAGAGUCUGAAGACGGAGUAUAACGACGCUGGUUGUAAAAUCCAGAGUCUGCAGGCCGAAACCGAGUCCAUCAGAGCACUGAAGCGCGGUCUGGAGAACUCCCUGAACGAUGCCAAGCAUUGGCAUGACAUCGAGCUGCAGAAUCUGGGAUCCGUCAUUGGCAAGCUGGAGUCAGAGCUGGGCGACGUCCGCGGCGACAUUGAACAGCAACACCGUGACUAUGAGACGUUGCUAGGCAACAAAAUGCGCCUGGAGCUGGAGAUCGGCACCUACCACGGCAUCUUGGAUGGGGAGGAGAGCCGCUACCACCCCUCGAUGUGA